CAAUCACGGUCGAGAGCUCGCUGCUGCGGGAUGCUGGAGGGAUUCCGAGGAAUCGUUCUCCGAGUGUUGUGAUCGUCACCGCCAUAAACAGAUCAUCAUCCAGGCUCCACCCCCGAGGUCCCCUCCCUGCCUCGCUCACUCCCUCGCUCUCAUCCCCUCUUGUUUGGCGUGUCGCUACCUCUCCCAACUCCAGAUGCCUCCCCACCAGGAAGGUGCGCCGGCCGCCGUCUGCAAGCAAACGCCGCUGUCAAGCUAGGACUGGACGGACCCCGGCCGAGUGAACAAAUCCGGCGCUUCGCAACUUGACGCCACGCAACACCCUGAGCUUCUUGGGACCAGGAACAAGACCUCCUGCCUGCCUGCCUGCCUGCCUGCCAGCGCUAAGACGAGACUGCUGCCAGGCUCGGCAAGAUGAACGAGAGUCGGAGGGAAGCGCUGGCGGCGGCCCCCGCGCCCACCGCCUCCUCCUCCUCCUCCUCUUCCUCAUCGUCCGGCAACACCACCAACAUGGCGGGCGGCCCCGGCGCCGGACCCAAGGACGAGGCCUUCUCCAAGCUGAAAGACAAGUUCAUGAACGAACUCAACAAGAUCCCACUGCCGUCGUGGGCCAUCGUGUCCAUCGCCUUCGUGGCCAUCAUCCUGGUGCUGGCCUGCUGCUUCUGCGUGUGCAAAAAGUGGAUCUUCAAGAAGAAGAACAAGAAGAAGGGCAAGGACAAAGGCAAAAACGCCAUCAACAUGAAGGACGUCAAGGACGGGGCCAAAACCGAGGCCUUGAAGGAUGAGGAGGACGCCGAAACGGGCCUGACGGAAACGGAGAAAGAGGCCGAGCCCAAGGAGGACCAGAAACUGGGCAAAUUACAGUACUCGCUGGAUUACAAUUUCACCGAGAACACGCUCAUGGUGGGGAUCAUCCAGGCGGCCGAGCUUCCCGCCAUGGACAUGGGCGGCACGUCCGACCCCUACGUCAAGGUUUACCUGCUGCCUGACAAGAAGAAGAAGUUUGAGACCAAAGUCCACCGCAAGACCCUCAAUCCCGUCUUCAACGAGCAGUUCACCUUCAAGGUUCCCUACGUGGAGCUGGGCGGGAAGACCCUGGUGAUGACGGUGUACGACUUUGACCGCUUCUCCAAGCACGACGCCAUCGGCGACAUCAAGGUGCCCAUGAACAAGGUGGACUUCAGCCACAUCACAGAGGAGUGGCGAGACCUGCAGAGCGCCGAGAAGGAGGAGCAAGAGAAGCUGGGCGACAUCUGCUUCUCGCUGCGCUACGUGCCCACCGCCGGCAAGCUCACCGUGGUGGUCCUGGAGGCCAAGAACCUGAAGAAGAUGGACGUGGGUGGCCUUUCGGAUCCGUACGUGAAGAUCCACCUGAUGCAGAACGGCAAGCGCCUGAAGAAGAAGAAGACCACCAUCAAGAAGAACACGCUCAACCCCUACUACAACGAGUCCUUCAGCUUCGAGGUCCCCUUCGAGCAAAUCCAGAAGGUGCAGGUGGUGAUCACGGUGCUGGACUACGACAAGAUCGGCAAGAACGACGCCAUCGGCAAAGUCUUCGUGGGCCUCAACAGCUCGGGCACGGAGCUGCGCCAUUGGUCCGACAUGCUGGCCAAUCCCAGGAGACCCAUCGCCCAGUGGCACGUGCUCAAGCCCGAGGAGGAGGUGGACGCGCAGCUCUCCACCAAGAAAUAGGCAGGAGCCCCCCCCCCCUCUCGACCCUUCAACCGCCCCGCGCCCCCUCCUCGCCUCGCCCGUCGCCUCCUCCACGCUCCUGCCUUCUAGUGGAAAAAGGGGGGCGGCAAGGUAUGACGGGGGGUGGUGGGGGGUACACGAGGCCGUCCGAGUAUUUAUUGCGUCAGGAACGCUGGUAUACACAUUUUGACGGAACCGUUUCUUCCAUUUUGUGAGCUUUCUUGAAAUGAUGCUUUGAUCAAAUCUUUGGUUCAAUGUUGCUUUGGUGUGUGUGAGUAAUGACAUUGUCAAACAAUGGAACACAUACGCCCCCCCCCCAUCCCCCCCAACCAAAAAUAAUGUGAAACAGUGGGUGAUUUCAUUUAUUGGAAAUCAUCAGAUCAUGAUUUUCAUUUUCCGUGUCCAUUUUUAACAAUGUUGAUUUGACCAAUGAAUAUUCAUCACUGAAUAGAAAUUACAUUUUUUGGGGGAGAACGCAGAUGUUCUGCAAUUUGCGAGAAAUCAAAAUGUGGCCCCUGGAGCAACGAACCUUUCCUGCCACCCCCCACCCCCCCCUUUUCAAUUGCCAAUCUGUGUAAAUACCUCAGUGAUAGCCACGCCUCUGUAUCCUCGCCAUCAGGGUCUCUCUCGUCGCUUGGUCGCCCCCCCCCCCCCCCCCAUCAGCCCUUUGGCCAGGCCCCACCCGCCCCAGCCCCUCCUUCUUUUAAGCAAUAUGAUGUGUAGAGACGACAGCAUAGCGCAUGACCGACACACUUGUACAUAGAUGAUGUCCAUCCAUCCGUCCGUCCAUCCGCGCGCCGUACUGUAAACCGUAUACGUGAUGCAGGCCCACGCAUUUCCCAGUUGACGUGUUUCUAUGUUGUUCUAGCUGGAUGUUUUGACGACAGACGUUCUAUUUUAAACGCGUGUACAUGGCGCACGUACGUGUGUGUGUGUGAGAAAGUGUGUGCGUGACCCAGUGUGAACCAGAGCCAAUAUGAUGCAAGCCGGGACUUCUGAAGAAUACUCCGUUCGGACAUUCCAAAAUAGGCAUUUGCAUGAUUGCGUUGUACGCGCGCACGAGCAAACGUCCAAAAGACUAACUAAACUGCUUUGGUUAUUUGAAGGGAGGGGCUUCUAUAAGCACAUGAUUUCUUAAGAAUUUUUUCUACUUAUUCGUCAGUCCGAGGGUCCUCGCUUCGACUUAAGCGUACGACCAAUCUCGCAUCCUUUUGCUCUACGCCCCCGCUGAAGUCGAGCCAUCGUGAUAAAAGCACCAAGUUGUCGCCGUCGUGUCCUUAUCUCUUUACCCCCCCUUUUUUUUUUUGGUUUGUUUGUUUGCCUUGUCGGCCGGCGUCGCUGCUUUUUUUGUUGUUGUUUCCCCCCCCCCCCCCCCCCACCCCCAAUUGCAGAAGACAAAAAUCGCCCUCAGGGGACGCCGGUACGUAAACACUGCCAUGCGCCAGGGGGGGUUCCCUUGCUCCCCUCCCCUCCUGCGUCGAACACUUGUUUGGGAACAAAACCAGUCCUGGCCUUCAGUUGCCUCUUCGUAGACGCCAUUUUUUUUUUCGCUGCCAAUCCUUGGAUGUGUUAAACAUAAACUAUUAAUCUGUUGUUUGAAUGACAACAGGUGGUGACAAAGGCCAAUUGUCCCUUCUGCCAUUUUGUUGAAGCGCAUUUAAUUGUUCUGCCGAUCGCUAUAAGUCGCUGGCACUGAUAUAUUUCUAGGAAAUAAAUUGGAUCAUUUCAGUGGUUGGGAAUAUGACCGCUUUUCAAUGUUUUUAUCAAAUCUCGUGUCCAGGUAGUGAGGGGGGACUUUUUUUUUUCAGCGUUGUCGUGUAGUUGGCAUAGCGCCAUUUGCGGAGAAGCUACCCAUCCCCACCAUUCCGCGGGUGUCUCGCCAGACGCCCACUUUGUGUGUCACUGUGAUGCCGUGCGUGUAGACGUGUAGACUUUGCGCUAGUUUGCUCCGUAGUGACGUCGCCCAUUUACCGCCAAGAGAGUUUGGUGAGCACUGUGCAAUACUCCGCGUGCGUGUGUUCAUUCCAUUAUCUGAAAAUGGCGAAAUACCGAGCGAGGAAGCGGCGACGAUGUUCCCCGUUUGGUUUGGUUUUCCUCUGGUGUGCGCGUGAGUGUCUGCGUGUGUGUGUGUGCGCGCGUGUGCCUGAGUGUGUACACGCGCACAGUUCAGGGAGUUAAAUACCAAACGAGCUCUCCAUAUCUCUGUGGGUGUGGGUGUGGGUGUACAUAUUUACAUACAAAAAUGUAUAUCUAUGAGAAUUAUGAUAAUCUAAUCUUCUUUUACGUGUCGCCAUCCUUUUCUAACGGAGGUUACAAUGUUGAAUGUACAGUUCGGACCGUGUUGGUGUUGGUUAGAUGUACUUUGCACUUUUAUUUUGUACAAAAACGACGUUUUACACCCUCCUUUUGUGUCAUUUUCAAGCCCCUCCCCUUCCCAAAGAAGAAAAGCAGCAAAUUUUAAAGAAAACGUGUUGGAGGGGAGAAAGAAAAUGUGCAAAGUAGAAAAGGGGCAGGAACGUGGUGGCAGCGCAGGAAAACAAAAACAAAAAACUCGACUAAAUAAAAGCCAUUCAACUGCACCUCCGCACCAAGCUCCGCCUCUGACGAUUACCUGCACCAAUCAGAGCAAAGCGGUGUGAAAAGGACGUGAAGAUCCUCGUUGCCUUUGCUGUUUCAAAAACUGCCUGCUUAGCUAUUUUGUGAGUUUUCUCCUCUGUAAUCUCGUAAAAUUGUUCAUUCUUUUCUUUUUUAUUUGAUUUUCUCUGUGAGUGUGUGUGUGCGUGUUGUGAUUAACUCUGUGGAGUUUUCUGUUGUUCUAUAACUUCAUAAUCUACAAUGAUCAAUCAAUAAAAAAAAUAUUUUAUUUCCCUGUUGAGAUACAGAA